CAGUGAAAGUGGCGCAUUCUCUCAAUUGUGAAGCAUUUUUAUUGUUAAAUUGUUGUGCUAUAUGAUGCACUCAAUGCAUUUAGUAAUGGUGGCCUUGGCCUGUCUCCUUUUAGUUGGAAUUUCACAAGCUCAAGGCCCAUAUGGCAUUGUAGAUGUUCCUGCAUCACAUCUCAUAGCUGAGGAUGUGAUGAAUUUGGGUUUGCAAUUGAUGACAAAACAGAUGACCGGAGUUUACGCAGACACAUUUUUGAUUUCACCCGUGAGUAUCGCGUCCGCUCUAGCGUCUCUGUUGCUGGCCGCCAAAGGAGGAAGUUUCAUCGAGCUAUCCAAGCAGUUCAGGAUUAAGGAUACGGUGAAGUUACACGAGCAAUUUGGCUAUAUGCUAAGGAAUGCUCAACAAACCUACAAUGAUAUUACAUACACUUUAUCCAACGAUCCUGUCGAUAAGAGGAUAAAGAAAGAGGUGAAAGAAACUCAACAGGUGUUCAUUGGGAGUGGACUCUUUGUCCAGCAGGAUCACAGCAUAAAUCUUGAUUACAGGCAAGCCUUAGCUCAAAUCUAUAACUCGGAAAUUUAUCCUGUCGAUUUCGAAAAGGAUCCGGCGACCGCUGUCGAUCUCAUGAACGUAUGGGUAACGCAGAAGACAAAAAGCAAAAUAACGAAUAUAGUUAAUUUAUAUAAUAUUAAUAACUCCACUCGUAUGACUUUGACCAACACAAUGUACUUUAACGCCCGAUGGAUAAAUAAUUUUUACGAAACCCGGUCAGAGCCCUUCUAUCCUGACGGAUAUGACUCUAAGACUAAGCUGUAUGUUCCAACUAUGGUGGCAACAGGUAGCUAUACCUUUGAUCUAAACAAGAGAAGGAAUUGUCUCAUUCUCGGAAUUCCGUAUCGUGGCAGCCAAAACACUCUGUACAUCAUACAACCUUUCCAAUCAUCGAUUCGACGGUUGAAAAAGUUUCAAAAAACACUUACAGCCGAAUCUAUUGAAGAAAUGAUCAGCAAAAUGAGGUCAAUCACUGGAAAGAUUCGUCUUCCAAAGAUGCGCAUUAUUGGUGGGGACCAUUUGAAAUAUCAGCUAAAUGAUUUCGGUAUUAAGGGCAUCUUUAGUAACAAAAAUUAUGACUUAUCUUUAAUCGCCUCGGGCAACUCGAGCACUCAGCUUUAUCAAUCGGAUGCUGUUGGAAAUCUGAAGAAUUUGGAAACGCAACGAAAAUUUGCGGAGUCGGAACCGAGAAGAUCAGCUGAUCUUUACAUCAUGGAUAUUAUUCACAAGGUUAGACUCGAUGUGACUGAGAAGGGCACCGAAGGAGCUAUUGCAACUGAAGCCUCCAUGUCGAGAACUGUAGCUCUUGUCGAUUUUGUUAUAAACAGUCCAUUUAUACUUCUGGUGCGGAAUGAUUUCACAAGGCUUCCUUUAUUCUAUGGCAUCAUUAAUAAGCCUCCAUCUAUUGCCAGUUUAUAUUAUGCAUUCAGUUGCGACAAACAAAGAUUAGUGAAAAUGCAGCUAUUUGGCUAUAUUAUUGUGGCAUUUGCUUGCCUGCUUUUUUCUGGAAUUCUUCAAGCCCAAAUUGCGGUUCCAGAAGUUGACGUGGCAAUCUCAGAUGCCAUCGCAUUGAAAGUUUUGAGCUUUGCAUUGAAGAUCAAGAGUCAAAUGAUCACCGACAACCCCAAAACAAUUGUAUUCUCGCCAGUUAGUAUUAUGUCCGCCUUGGCGAUUAUUAUGAUUGGCACCAGAGAUGAACGCCUAUCGAAUUUGACCGAGUUGUUUGGCCAAACCGAUUUGGAGAAGUUGCAUCAACAAUUCGGCCUAAUGUUGCAGGACGUCGUCUCGUCGAUCAAGGAGAAUACGUCGCCGUUGCGCAAAACUGAUCCUUGGCAUCAAGACAGUACAGAUGAAAGUAUGCGGGCGUAUGUAAUGCAUGGAAACGGAACGCAAACAGUGCGUUUAGCAAAUGGAUUAUUUCUGCAAAAGGGCACAAGUUUAAAGCUAUCACACAGGCAUAAGAUUACAGCCAAUUAUCUUCCCGAUAUAUUGCAUGUCGAUUUCAAACGUCGUUCUGUGGAAGCCAUGAACACAAUCAAUUCAUGGAUAGAUAUGCAGACCGACGAGAAUGUAGAUGAGAUGGUACGAAACACUUUUGAUACAAACACAGAUAGAGUAAUUAUGUCCAUAUUGACACUGAAAGCAAAGUGGGAAAUGGACUUUAUCACUGGCCUCACUAAAAAUAGGGAUUUCUAUCGCAAUCGUGAUGGGUCUGAGAAACCAAUUUCAGUGCCCAUGAUGACAGGAGCUGGAGCUUUGCCGUAUUAUUUAAAUACACAUCUGGAAUGUCACAUUAUUGGCAUUCCCUAUGAGGGCGAAAUGACCACAAUGUACUUGAUAAAACCCUUGAAAUCGUCGGUGAAAUUAUUGGAAGCAUUUCAUGAGAAACUAACUGCUGAAAGCAUUGAGGAAAUGAUUAAAAAGAUGAGACGGAGUUCAACAAGUGUGGUUCUUCCAAGGAUGAAAUUCGACAAAAUGCUGGUAUUGCGAUCGCCCAUGGAGCGAAUGGGCCUGGGCAGCAUUUUCGAUCCAUUGCAGAGCUUUAAGAAUAAAAAGGCUGCCAGUCGAGGAUCGUUUGCAACGAAGGUGCUCGAUGAUUUUACUGUUACACAAUUUUGUCAAAAAAUUUACUUCAGAGUCGAUGAGAAGGGCACCGAAGUAGGCGACGGAACUGGAGCCGUCGAGGUUAGAACUGCUGCAGCAGCAACGUUUCGAGCCGAUGAACCUUUCAUAAUGUUGGUGCGCAAUGAUAUAACGAAGCUGCCUUUAUUUUACGGUAUAAUUCAUGAGCCAAUUACGGUAGGACUUUAAGAUACAUGGAUUAUUUAAAUACAUUGUAAUUUUUCAAUUAAAA